ACUCCCGCUGUGCGGACAGGAAUGACUGGUGUCCGUGAUAACCGCUACAGUGCUGUAUCCUCAGAAGAAGACGGGUUGAGGUUGUCAACCAUGCCAGGGAUCAACGGCUAUGGCAAUGGGAAGAUCCACACCAGGAGGAAGUGCCGCAGUCGCUUUGUGAAGAAGAAUGGCCAGUGCAAUGUCCAGUUUGCGAAUAUGAGCGACAAGCCCCAGCGGUACAUUGCUGACAUCUUCACCACGUGCGUGGAUGUCCGCUGGCGCUACAUGCUGCUGAUCUUUUCACUAGCCUUUGUCAUCUCAUGGUUGGCUUUUGGCCUGGCCUUCUGGCUCAUUGCGCUAAUACACGGUGACCUCGAGAACCCUGCUGGUGACGACACUUUCAUGCCCUGCGUUUUGCAGGUGAAUGGAUUCAUCGCUGCCUUCCUUUUUUCCAUUGAAACCCAGACAACUAUCGGGUACGGUUUCCGCUGUGUGACGGAAGAGUGUCCAUUGGCGAUCUUCUUGGUGGUCUUCCAGUCCAUCGUAGGUUGCAUCAUAGACUCGUUCAUGAUUGGUGCCAUAAUGGCUAAGAUGGCACGGCCGAAGAAACGAGCCCAGACGUUACUUUUUAGCCAUAAUGCGGUUAUAGCCAUGAGGGAUGGUAAACUCUCUCUUAUGUGGCGGGUUGGAAAUCUGAGGAAAAGUCACAUAGUGGAAGCCCAUGUCCGGGCUCAGUUAAUCAAGCCACGGAUCACUGAGGAAGGAGAAUAUAUACCCCUUGACCAGAUUGACAUUGACGUGGGUUUUGAUAAAGGAUAUGAUCGUAUAUUCUUAGUUUCCCCAAUAACUAUUCUCCAUGAGAUUGAUGAGGAAAGUCCACUGUAUGGUAUUAGUAAGCAGGACCUGGAGAUGGCAGAUUUUGAAAUAGUGGUAAUCCUUGAAGGAAUGGUGGAAGCUACGGCGAUGACCACACAAGCUCGCAGCUCCUAUUUGGCCAGUGAGAUUCUAUGGGGCCAGCGAUUUGAACCAGUGCUGUUUGAGGAGAAGGACCAGUAUAAAGUGGACUAUUCACAUUUCCAUAAAACCUAUGAGGUGCCCACAACCCCUCGAUGCAGUGCCAAGGAACUGAUGGAAAGCAAGUUCCUCGUUCCCAGCACAAACUCCUUCUGCUAUGAGAAUGAGUUGGCUUUCAUGAGCCGAGAUGAGGAUGACGAGGGUGAUGAUGAUGACAGUAGGGUCUUGGAUGACCCAAGCCCAAACAGCAGUCGACAUGAAUUUGACCGAUUACAGGCAACUUUAGCGUUGGAUCAAAGGUCUUACAGAAGAGAGUCUGAGAUAUGACCUUUGACUGUUAUAAUGACCUUUUUUUUUCUCAAAUGUAAGGAAUGGGCUACCAAUCAUCACGAGUGCCAUAAAGGAUUUUAAAGCUUGCAUAGA